AUGGCCUCCCGAUUCUCCAUGCGUCGGCUCCUCAAGCCGUUGGCGUACGGUACAGGCCUGGCCGUGGCGGGUACCGCAGGCAUGUAUAUCAUCUACCGGCCUCGAAACGUCCCGGGAGCAGAAACACUUGCACCCAAACCACCCAGAAGAGACGAGCACGGAAACAUCAUCCCACCCAAAUUCCCCUACAUCAAGACGAGAGCGGAACAGAUUGCCGACCUCAAGAAGUCGUCCUCGACGCCAUCCUCAGAAAUCUACGACCUUCUCGUGAUCGGCGGUGGGGCUACAGGCACAGGCAUCGCUCUGGAUGCGGCAACGAGAGGCUUGAAGGUGGCAAUCGUGGAAAGAGACGAUUUCAGCAGUGGCACAAGCAGCAAAUCCACCAAGCUCGUCCACGGUGGAGUUCGAUAUCUGGAAAAAGCAGUGUGGAAUCUCGACUACAACCAAUACCAGCUGGUGAGGGAGGCUCUGAGAGAGCGCAAGAGUUUCCUGUACACGGCGCCACAUCUGUCGUCCUGGUUACCCAUCAUGCUGCCACUACAGGCGUGGUGGCAGGCACCAUACUUUUGGGCGGGGACAAAAUUCUAUGAUUUCCUGGCUGGCUCCGAGGGGAUUGAGAGCUCUUACUUCCUACCUAGAAGUAAGGCUCUAGAAGCAUUCCCCAUGUUGAAGAAGGAGAACCUCAUUGGUGCUCUUGUGUACUACGAUGGCCAGCAUAACGAUUCCAGGAUGAACAUUUCCCUGGCCAUGACCGCUACAUUGUACGGGGCCACAACGGUCAAUCAUCUGGAAGUGACGGGCCUGGAGAAGGAUGCAAACGGCCAACUUACUGGCGCCCGAGUACGAGAUCUGAUUGCAGAGAAGGAUGGAAAGGCUCAUGGUGAAGAGUUUGUUGUCAAAGCGAAAGGCAUCAUCAAUGCGACAGGGCCAUUUUCUGACGCUAUCCGGCAAAUGGACUCUCCCAGUGACAAGGAGAUUGUUGCACCGAGCUUGGGGGUGCACGUCGUCCUUCCUGGGUACCUCAGCCCUGAAAACAUGGGUCUAAUCGACCCGUCCACAUCCGAUGGACGGGUCAUCUUCUUCCUCCCCUGGCAAGGAAAUACCAUUGCGGGGACAACAGACGCGCCAUGUGCCAUCUCUCAGAACCCAGUGGCCGGAGAGAAAGAUAUUGAAUGGAUCCUAGAUGAGAUCCGGACAUAUCUUACUCCAGAAAUUGAUGUCCGAAGGUCGGAUAUCCUUGCCGCCUGGUCAGGAAUACGACCCCUUGUCCGUGACCCCAAUUCCAAAAACACAGAAUCGCUUGUUCGGAGUCAUCUUGUCACCGUUUCCGACUCUGGGCUGCUCACUUGCGCUGGCGGGAAAUGGACGACAUACCGACAAAUGGCGGAGGAUGCAGUCGACAAAGCGAUCGAAGCAUUCAAGCUGCAGCCGAAAUCCAUCAGCUAUGUCCCAGAUAUCAGCGGCGUCAAUGGUAUCGAUCCCUCGGUUGGUCUUCUGAAUGGAACUUGUCAAACACAUCAUAUCCGGUUGAUUGGAGCCCACGGGUACUCGACCACUCUUUUCAUUAACCUUAUCCAGCACUUUGGCCUCGACCCAGAUGUUGCGAAGCACUUGGCUAGCGACUAUGGCGAUCGGGCUUGGGAUGUUGCAGCACUGGCUUCUCCUACCGACAAUACCGAACACUAUCCCUUGCGCGGCCAGCGACUAUCAUCGUUGUACCCCUUCAUCGACGGUGAAGUCCGGUAUGCCGUACGCAGCGAAUAUGCCCAAACCGCCGUCGAUGUUCUCGCCAGACGCACCCGUUUGAGCUUCCUGAAUGCACAGGCUGCGCUACAUGCCCUGCCCAAGGUGAUUGACAUCAUGGCCGAGGAACUGAAAUGGAGCGAGAAGAGAAAACAAGCAGAGUGGAAAGACACAGUUACAUUCCUCGCCAGCAUGGGCCUACCAAGUGACAUGCUUCAGAUCACUCGCGAGCAAGUGUUGAAGGGAGAGCUGUCUUCACGGUUGCUGGCCCCGGUAAAGGGCAACUCGGAAGGUCCUGUGCCUCUGAAACCGACACUUGAGCCUGUGUCCCAGGCCCAUGGGUCUUUGCCAUGA